UUGCUUUUCGAAAGGCGCGAAAUUUAAUAAACAAAACCAGUGUUCUGUGAGCUUGCGCCACGAGCGAACGAUUAAUCAAAAGAUCAUAAGAUGGAAGUCAGCCAAAAUUCCAAUAAACCGGCAAAUAAUAUUCGCGAUUAUAUUGAUUCGGAAGAAAUCGACUUUGGUACGGAACCGCCCACACAACAAAUCAAUGUCGGAGAACCGACGAACGAAUUGGUUGUUCGAGAGGAAGACUUCGCAUCGGAGGAUUUGAAUGAAGUGCCUGAAUCAGAACCGAUCGCAGAUGAUAACAUUGAAGAGCCCGAAGAGACUCCCAUUGAAGAGCCAGAAGAGACGCCCAUUGAAGAGCCAGAAGAAUUGGCCGACUCGGAAGUGAACCAGGAACAACCAGCAGCUAGUAAAUCAAGCAGAAAAGAAUCAUCUGAACAACGAUUGACACAACUUCCGCUGAGUAAAAUAAAAUCGAUCAUGAAGGCUGAUCCCGAUGUGCAUAUUGUGUCGGCGGAAGCGAUUUUCCUGAUGACCCGUGCAGCAGAGUUGUUUGUGCAGAAUAUGGCCAAGGAAGCGCAUACUUAUGCCGUGGCAGGCAAAAAGAAGACUAUCGUCAGACGAGACGUGGACAUGACUAUAGAAUCGGUGGAUACCUUGAUGUUCCUGGAGGGAAUGAUGAAUGUGUGAUUAUGUUAUUGUGUACAUGUAUUGAUAUUAAUGUUUUUAAGUAAAAGUUACGGUCGACAUAAGCUAC